UGGUUGCGUCCGUGACAUCAUCAUCAUGGCAACAAGAGCUGCAGCCUGGGACCGUGGAACCCGUGUGAUUCCCGGCGGCGGCGGCGGCCGUGGCGGCAGCACCAGCGGCACCACCCGACCCGACGAACGCGCGACGGCUUCUCUUCCGCUGCCUCUAGCCGGGAGCUUCUGAGGAGGGGGCCGCCGCACAGCUCCUGCCGCCCCACGCGCCGCCGCUCGUCUCGGCGUCAGCUUGAGGGGAGGGAGCCGAACCGAGGAGGGGAGGAGGCGCCGCUUCGGAGCCGCCGCCGCUGCUGCCGCUGCCGCCGCUGCCAGGUCGCCAGUGAACGGGAGGCGGUGGCGGCGGCGGCGAACAUGUUUUCUGUGAGGAUUGUGACUGCCGACUACUACAUGGCCAGCCCGCUGCAGGGGCUGGAUAUUUGCCAAUCACCCCGCACCCAGGUCCCUGUCCAGAAGGUGCCGGUGGUACGAGUCUUCGGAGCAACCCCGGCAGAGUAAAAACCAAGACAAGCCACAUAAAAGCAACCUAAAAAUUAAACUGUCAUCUAUUAUUUGUUUUAAAACUAUGGAAUAAUAUAUCUGAGGAAGAUUACUCUCAAAAUUGUUUUUCUCAAUUUCAAGUCAGAAGACAUGUCUUCAUCUACAUGGCAUCUUUCCUUACCUCUAUGUGCCAUACGAUGGUUAUGGACAGCAACCAGAAAGCUAUCUUUCUCAGAUGGCAUUCAGUAUCGACAGAGCACUUAAUGUGGCUUUAGGCAAUCCAUCUUCCACUGCUCAGCAUGUGUUCAAAGUGUCAUUAGUAUCAGGAAUGCCUUUUUAUGGUUAUCAUGAGAAGGAAAGACACUUUAUGAAGAUCUAUCUUUACAAUCCUGCUAUGGUGAAAAGGAUAUGUGAACUUUUGCAAAGUGGAGCCAUAAUGAAUAAAUUUUAUCAGCCUCAUGAAGCACAUAUUCCCUACCUCCUACAGCUCUUCAUUGACUACAAUCUUUAUGGAAUGAAUUUAAUAAAUCUGGCUGCUGUCAAGUUCCGAAAAGCAAGAAGGAAAGGUGAUGCAUCACAUGCAACUGGAUCAUUCAAGAAUCAGUUAUCAGCAAAUUCCCCUGCUGGUACUUUAUUUAGGUGGGAAGAAGAUGAAAUACCAAGUUCUUUGUUACUGGAAGGUGUUGAACCACUGAGUACAUGUGAAUUAGAAGUGGAUGCUGUAGCUGCUGACAUCUUAAAUCGGCUGGACAUUGAAGCUCAAAUUGGUGGAAACCCUGGUCUACAGGCCAUAUGGGAAGAUGAAAAACAACGGCGAAGAAACAGAAAUGAAACUUCUCAAAUUAGCCAACCUGAAUCACAAGAUUGCAGGUUUGUGCCAGCAACAGAAAGUGAAAAAAAAUUUCAGAAGAGACUUCAAGAAAUUCUCAAACAGAAUGAUUUCUCUGUAACAUUAUCAGGAUCUGUGGACUACAACAAUGGAUCCCAAGAGUUUUCUGCUGAGCUAACAUUGCACUCUGAGGUUCUGUCUCCUGAAAUGCUUCAGUGUACACCAGCCAAUAUGAUAGAAGUACACAAAGACACAGAAUUGAGCAAAGGUCACACUAAGCAUAAAGUAGAAGAAGCACUUAUUAAUGAAGAAGCCAUUUUGAACCUCAUUGAAAAUAGCCAGACUUUUCAGCCUUUGACUCAGAGACUGAGUGAAACGCCAGUUUUUAUGAACAGUAGUCCUGAUGAAGCUUUGAUACAUCUUCUUGCUGGUUUGGAAAGUGAUGGAUAUCAAGGGGAAAAGAAUAGGAUGCCAUUACCAUGUCACUCCUUUGGAGAUACUAAAAAUCCCCAGAAUAGUGAUGAUGAAGAAAAUGCACCACAGAUUGAAAAGGAGGAACUGGAGCUUAGUUUGGUGAUGUCCCAGAGAUGGGAUAAUGAUAUUGAAGAACAUUGUGCCAAAAAGAGGUCACUGUGCAGAAAUACCCACAGAAGUUCAACUGAAGAUGAUUCAUCUUCAGAAGAAGAAAUGGAGUGGAGUGAUAAUAGUUUGCUUUUUGCCAAUCUUUCUAUACCUCAGUUAGAUGGAACUGCAGAUGAAAAUAGUGACAAUCCAUUAAACAAUGAAAAUUCUAGAACCCACUCUUCUGUGAUUGCAACAAGCAAGCUAUCAGUAAAACCCUCUAUCUUUCACAAAGAUGCUGCUACAUUAGAACCCCCAUCUUCUGCUAAGAUUACCUUUCAGUGUAAACACACAAGUGCCCUUUCUUCCCAAGUUUUAAACAAAGAAGAUUUAAUUGAAGACCUUUCACCAAACAAUACAGAAAAAGGUCUAGAUAAUUCAGUCACUUCUUUUACAAAAAAUGAAAACAUGUACACUAUGAAAUACCCUGGAUCUUUAAGUAGUACUGUACUUUCAGAUAAUUCUCAUAAAGAGAUUUGUAAGAAAGAUAUCAACCCAGUAUCUUCCUGUGAAAGUAGUGUUUUUGAUUAUGAAGAAGAUAUUCCAUCUGUUACAAGACAAGUACCAAGUAGAAAGUAUACAAACAUUAGAAAAAUUGAAAAGGAUGCCCCUUUCAUACAUGUGAACCGCCACACUAGUGAGAAUACAUUGGGGAAAAACUCUUUCAACUUUCCUGACUUAAGUCGAUCAAAAAAUAAAUUAUCCUCUGAAGGAAAUGAAAAAGGAAAUAGCACCUCUCUUAAUAGUAUAUUCCCUUCUUCAUUAACUGAAAGUUGUGAUACGUCAUGCUCAGGGGAGAAUAGAACUGUGGUACAGUCUCUUGAUAGCAUUACUGAUGAGAGUGGACUAAAUAAACUUAAAAUCAGAUAUGAAGAAUUUCAAGAGCAUAAAACAGAAAAGCCAAGUCUCCGCCAGCAAGCAGCACAUUAUAUGUUUUUUCCUAGUGUCGUUCUUUCUAAUUGUCUCACUAGACCACAGAAACUAUCUCCUGUCACUUAUAAACUACAACCUGGCAAUAAACCAUCUCGAUUAAAAUUGAAUAAAAAGAAAUUUGUGAGUCAUCAGGAGACGUCUACCAAAAGUAGUGAGACUGGAACCACAAAAGAUAGUUGUAUGCAAAAUAAUCCUUACAACAGUAAUUCUGAGAAGGAUAAUGUAUUGAAUAGUGAUGUAAUUAAAGCCACUCAUGGGGCAUUUGAAAAUAAAACACCUACAGAAAGUUUUAUAGACUGUCAUUUUGGAGAUGGAUCUUUAGAAACUGAACAGUCCUUUGGACUGUAUGGAAAUAAAUAUACACUUAGAGCUAAACGCAAGGUAAAUUAUGAAACUGAAGAUAGUGAGUCAAGUUUUGUAACACAGAACUCAAAAAUUAGCCUACCUCAUCCCAUGGAAAUUGGUGAGAAUUUAGAUGGAACUCUCCGAUCUCGAAAACGAAGAAAAAUGUCUAAAAAGCUGCCCCCUGUCAUUAUAAAGUAUAUUAUUAUUAAUAGAUUUAGAGGAAGAAAAAAUAUGCUUGUGAAGCUAGGGAAAAUAGACUCUAAAGAAAAGCAAGUACUACUAACUGAAGAAAAAAUGGAACUCUAUAAGAAGCUUGCACCUUUGAAGGAUUUUUGGCCAAAAGUUCCUGAUUCCCCUGCAACCAAAUAUCCCAUUUAUCCACUAACACCAAAGAAAAGUCACAGAAGAAAAUCAAAACAUAAAUCUGCUAAGAAAAAAACUGGUAAGCAACAAAGAACAAAUAGUGAAAAUAUUAAAAGAACUUUAUCUUUCAGGAAAAAACGAUCACAUGCUGUUCUUUCUCCUCCCUCACCAUCUUACAAUGCUGAAACCGAAGACUGUGACUUGAAUUAUAGUGAUGUUAUGUCUAAGUUAGGUUUUCUUUCAGAGAGAAGCACAAGUCCUAUCAAUUCUUCUCCACCUCGCUGCUGGUCUCCCACAGACCCAAGAGCUGAAGAAAUUUUGGCUGCUGCAGAAAAAGAAACAAUGCUUUUUAAGGGUCCUAAUGCAUAUAAUAAUAAGACUGUUAAUUCCCGAGCUGGAAAAACUAGUCGAGCAAGAGUGCAAGUUAAGAAAUCAAAAGCAAAGCUUGCUAAUUCCUCUGUAGUUACUAAAAAAAGGAACAAACGAAAUCAGAUGAAUAAACUAGUAGAUGAUAGAAAAAAGAAACCAAGAGCAAAGCAGAAACAAAAAGCAAAUGAGAAAGGUACUUCAAGAAAGCACAUAACACUUAAGGAUGAAAAAAUAAAAUCACAGUCUGAGACUGAAGUUAAGUUUGUGCUGAAACAACAGAAUGUAUCUGAGCUCCCAAGUAGUUCUGGCUCUCAAGCACUUUUUAAACAGAAAGAGAUGUCACAAACAGGCUCUGCUGUGGAUCAUCCACUUUCUACUUCCCAACCCACUAAUACACAACAGAAGCUAUCUAGUUGCUUUUCUUUCUUAGACAGCAAGAAGUCUGUAGAUUUGCAAACAUUCACCAGUUCACGAGAUGACUUGCAUUCAAUUGUUUGUAGUUCUAUAGGACCCGGAAUCUCAAAAAUUAACAUUCAAAGGUCUCAUAAUCAAAGUGCUAUGUUUACUCGAAAGGAAUCAGCCUUGAUUCAAAAAAAUAUAUUUGAGCUUUCCAACCAUUUGUCUCAGGUAGCACAGAGUACACAGAUAUCUGCAGGUAUAAUGUCUGCAAAGACAGAAGAGAAUACAAAUGUACAAAAAAACUAUAUGCCAUCUAUUGGAAAGUUAAAUGAAUAUCGCAGUUCUAUAGAAUCAAAGCCAGACCAGGUCUGUGCCCCUAAUUUUUUGCGUUGCAAAGACAGCCAACAGCAGAUCGUGUGCAUGUCAGAACAAUCAAAGCACAGUGAAACUUCAGGAAAUGCAGCUUCUGAGGAAAACCAGGGACCUAAUAAUUGCUUUGUUUCUUCCUUGAGAAGCCCCAUCAAACAAAUAACAUGGGAGCAGAAACAAAGGGCCUUUAUUUUAGAUAUGUCAAAUUUUAAACCUGAAAAGGUAAAACAGAGAUCACUGUCAGAAGCAGUUUCACAGAACAAAGCACUUUCUCAGUGUAAAAAUCAAAAUGUGUCAGCACCUUCAGCAUUUGGUGAAGGACAGUCUGGCCUAGCUGUUCUAAAAGAAUUGUUACAAAAAAGACAACAGAAAGCACAAAGUGCAAAUAUUACACAGGACUCAAUGUCUAAUAACCAGCCAAAUAAAAAUAUUUCUGUUUCUUUUGAGCAUAACAAGACAAAUAAGCGAACACGAUCAGUAACGUCUCCAAGAAAACCUCGAACUCCCAGAAAUAUAAAACCUAAAGAAAAAACUCCUAAACAUCUAAAAGUAGACCCUUUAAAUUUACAAACAUCUGGCCAAUUGGAUAAUUCUCUGUCAGAUGAUAGUCCUAUCCUUUUUUCAGAUCCAGGUUUUGAAAGUUGUUAUUCACUUGAAGAUAGCUUGUCUCCUGAACAUAACUAUAAUUUUGAUAUUAACACAAUUGGUCAGAAUGGAUUUUGUAGCUUUUAUUCUGGAAGUCAGUUUGUCCCAGCUGAUCAGAAUUUGCCUCAGAAGUUUCUUAGUGAUGCUGCUCAGGAUCUUUUCCCAGGACAAGCUAUAGAAAAAAAUGAGUUUUUAAGUCAUGACAAACAGAAUUGUAGUGAGGAGAAGCAUCAUGUCUCUGACUCAACCCCAUGGAUUAGAUCUGGCACUUUAAAUCCUGAACUUUUUGAGAAAUCAUCCUUGGAUAACAAUAAGAAUCUUCAUCACAGCCAGUGGAAAAACAGCUUUCAUCCUCUAACAACUCGAUCUAAUUCAAUAAUGGAGUCUUUCUGUGUCCAGCAAGCAGAGAAUUGUCUAAAUGAAAAAUCCAGAUUGAAUAGGAGCUCAGUGAGCAAAGAAGUAUUUCUCAGCCUUCCACAGCAAAGCAAUUCAGACUGGAUUCAAGGUCACACCAGAAAAGAAAUGGAACAGUCUCUUGACUCAGUUAAUACCUCUUUUACUACCAUACUUUCCUCCCCUGAUGGGGAACUUGUAGAUGCAGCUUCUGAAGAUUUAGAAUUAUACGUUUCAAGAAACAAUGAUAUGUUGACACCAACUCCUGAUAGUUCACCAAGGUCUACCAGUUCUCCCUUACAGUCUAAAAAUGGCAGUUUCACUCCUCGAACCGCUCAUAUUCUGAAACCACUUAUGUCCCCACCAAGUAGGGAAGAAAUUGUGGCAACUUUGUUGGAUCAUGAUCUUUCAGAAACCAUUUAUCAGGAACCAUUUUGCAGUAAUCCUUCUGAUGUACCAGAAAAGCCCAGGGAGAUCGGUGGACGGCUCCUCAUGGUAGAAACUCGACUUCCAAAUGAUCUGGUUGAAUUUGAAGGAGACUUUUCCUUAGAAGGACUUCGCCUUUGGAAAACAGCAUUCUCGGCAAUGACUCAGAAUCCUAAACCAGGGUCACCCCUUUGUAAUGGCCAACCAGUUGUCAAUAAAGGGUCAAGUAAUAGCCAUAAAAUGGUUGAAGAUAAAAAAAUUGUAAUUAUGCCUUGCAAGUAUGCCCCAAGUCGACAACUGGUUCAAGCAUGGCUUCAUGCCAAAGAAGAAUAUGAACGUUCUAAGAAACUUCCUAAAACUGAAUUAACUGGAGUAAUAAGAUCUGCUGAGAAUGUCAACUAUUUAGUUAGCCCAGGUGACAUGCCUGUCAUGUCUUCACAAAUCACUGCAAGCUCACAUAUACUUCCCACUACUGCACAUACCAAGGAAGAUACUAAGUCUCAAAUUGCUUUGCAAACAUCAACCACAGGGUGCAGUCAAAUUGUAAGUUCUACUCAGACACUGCUACCUGUUGCCUCUGCAACUACUCCUGAGAAAGAUGACGAUGAUGAUAACUAUUAUGUUAGUUACAGCUCCCCUGAUUCUCUAGGUAUUCCACCUUGGCAGCAAACAACAUCCCCGGAUUUCAAAGUAUUAAAUGGCGAUGAUAGACACUCAUCACCAGUAGAAGAGCUAUGUUCGCUAGCUAUUGAGAAUUUCUUAAAGCCAAUAAAAGAUGGUAUGCAAAAAAGUCCCUGCAGUAAGCCUCGGGAAUCACAAGUGAUCUCUCCAAUUAAUGCUAGAACAAUAACUGGAAAGUGUGAGCCACUCUGCCUUCACAGCACACCAAUUAUACAGAGAAAAGUUCUAGAAAGACUUCCUGAAGCAACUGGCCUUAGCCCUUUAUCAUCAGAACCAAAAACCCAGAAGUUGACUUAUAACAAAGGAAGUAAUACUGACACUCUUAGAAGAGUUCUUGUAACAACACAAGUGAAGAAUCAAUUUGCAGCAGUAAAUACCCCAAAGAAAGAAACUUCCCAGAUUGAUGGACCGUCUUUAAAUAAUACUUACGGUUUCAAAGUCAGCAUACAAAACUUACAAGAGGCAAAAGCUUUACAUGAGACACAGAAUCUUACCCUUAUCAGUGUGGAGCUACAUGCUCGAACUAGACGAGAUUUACAACCAGAUCCUGAAUUUGACCCAAUCUGUGCUCUGUUCUACUGCAUCUCAUCUGAUACUCCGCUCCCAGAUACAGAAAAAACAGAACUCACAGGUGUAAUAGUGAUUGAUAAAGAUAAAACAGUCACUGAUCAAGAUAUCAGAUAUCAGACCCCAUUACUUAUCAGAUCUGGAAUUACAGGAUUAGAAGUUACCUAUGCUGCUGAUGAGAAGGCACUCUUUCAAGAAAUUACAAGUAUAAUAAAGAGGUAUGAUCCAGAUAUUCUAUUAGGAUAUGAGAUUCAGAUGCAUUCCUGGGGCUAUCUCUUACAAAGGGCUGCUGCUUUAAGCAUUGACUUGUGUCAGAUGAUCUCUCGAGUGCCAGAUGACAAAAUUGAAAACAGAUUUGCAGCUGAAAAAGAUGACUAUGGAUCAGAUACAAUGAGUGAGAUAAAUAUUGUUGGCAGAAUCACAUUAAACCUUUGGAGAAUCAUGAGAAAUGAGGUUGCUUUAACUAACUACACUUUUGAAAAUGUAAGCUUUCAUGUUCUUCAUCAGCGUUUCCCACUCUUUACCUUUCGAGUCUUGUCUGAUUGGUUUGAUAACAAAACAGAUCUAUACAGAUGGAAAAUGGUUGAUCAUUAUGUUAGCCGUGUCCGUGGAAAUCUGCAAAUGUUAGAACAGCUGGACCUAAUUGGAAAAACCAGUGAAAUGGCCAGACUUUUUGGCAUUCAGUUUCUACAUGUACUGACAAGAGGUUCACAGUACCGUGUGGAAUCAAUGAUGUUGCGUAUUGCUAAACCAAUGAACUAUAUACCUGUGACACCUAGUAUUCAGCAGAGAUCCCAAAUGAGAGCCCCACAGUGUGUUCCCCUCAUUAUGGAACCUGAAUCUCGCUUCUAUAGCAACUCUGUACUUGUUUUGGAUUUCCAGUCACUAUAUCCUUCAAUUGUGAUUGCAUAUAACUACUGUUUUUCCACCUGCCUUGGCCAUGUGGAGAAUUUGGGAAAGUAUGAGGAGUUCAAAUUUGGCUGUACCUCUCUAAGAGUACCUCCAGAUUUGCUUUACCAAAUUAGGCAUGAUAUCACAGUGUCCCCCAAUGGAAUAGCUUUUGUCAAGCCUUCAGUAAGAAAAGGUGUUCUGCCAAGAAUGCUUGAAGAAAUUUUGAAGACUAGAUUAAUGGUAAAGCAGUCAAUGAAGGCUUACAAGCAAGACAGAGCCCUGUCACGAAUGCUCAGUGCACGUCAGCUAGGACUAAAGCUGAUAGCAAAUGUUACAUUUGGCUAUACAGCUGCUAAUUUCUCUGGAAGAAUGCCCUGCAUUGAGGUUGGUGAUAGUAUCGUUCACAAAGCCAGAGAAACCUUGGAACGAGCAAUAAAAUUAGUGAAUGAUACCAAGAAAUGGGGUGCUAGGGUUGUUUAUGGAGAUACUGACAGUAUGUUUGUGCUGCUAAAAGGAGCCACUAAGGAGCAGUCUUUUAAGAUUGGUCAAGAAAUUGCUGAAGCUGUUACUGCUACUAAUCCUAAACCAGUGAAACUGAAAUUUGAAAAGGUAUAUUUGCCAUGUGUUUUACAAACAAAAAAGAGAUAUGUGGGUUACAUGUAUGAAACAUUGGAUCAAAAGGAUCCAGUAUUUGAUGCAAAAGGAAUAGAAACAGUUAGAAGAGAUUCUUGCCCUGCUGUUUCUAAGAUUCUUGAGCGUUCUCUAAAGCUGCUAUUUGAAACAAGAGAUAUAAGUCUAAUUAAACAGUAUGUUCAGCGACAGUGUAUGAAACUUUUGGAAGGAAAGGCCAGCAUACAAGAUUUUAUCUUUGCCAAGGAAUACAGAGGAAGUUCUUCUUAUAAACCUGGAGCUUGUGUUCCAGCUCUUGAACUUACAAGAAAAAUGCUUACUUAUGACCGGCGCUCUGAACCUCGAGUUGGAGAACGCGUGCCAUAUGUCAUUAUUUAUGGGACCCCAGGAGUUCCACUUAUCCAGCUGAUACGGCGCCCAGCAGAAGUUCUACAGGAUCCAACUCUAAGACUGAAUUCCACUUACUAUAUCACCAAGCAAAUUCUUCCACCUCUGGCAAGAAUCUUCUCUCUUAUUGGUAUUGAUGUCUUCAGUUGGUAUCAUGAAUUACCAAGGAUCCAGAAAGCUACCAGCUCAUCCAGAGGUGAACCUGAAGGACGAAAAGGCACUAUCUCACAAUAUUUCACUACUUUACACUGUCCUGUGUGUGAUGACCUGACUCAACAUGGCAUCUGUAGUAAAUGUCGGAGCCAACCUCAGCAUGUUGCAGUCAUCCUCAACCAAGAAAUUCGGGAGUUAGAGCGCAAACAGGAACAACUUGUGAAGAUAUGCAAGAACUGUACAGGCUCCUUUGACCGACAUAUCCCUUGUGUUUCUCUCAACUGCCCAAUACUUUUCAAACUCUCACGAGUAAAUAGAGAAUUAUCCAAGGCACCGUAUCUCCGGCAAUUACUAGACCAGUUUUGAGUUAUCGUAUCACAGAAUUCCAGGUGCUAUUUGUUCAGUGUUUACCACUAAACUGUCAUGCAUGGUGCUUUCUCAGCCUCCAUCAAGUCACAAAUGUUCAUUGUCUGUUAUCCAAGACUAUGAAGACUUACGCUAACUGAAUUUAAAGUUAUACUUGCUGAUCUCUGAAUAACUCACUUCUUAACAAUGUACAAAUUCCUCAUUCUUUCACCUUUUAAACAUUGUUUUAUAAUACAGGUGUUGGAUUUGCUCCAGUUUAUGUACCAUCUUGUAAAUCCAUUUGAACAGAUCAUGUUUACUUCCCUGUGGAAGGAACCCUAAAAACCUCUUAAAAAUCAUUCGUGCGUUUCCCUUAAACUGUCUGUAUUAAGACGUGUUGCUUAGAGAUAUUCAUUCACUUUAUAAUUUUGAUUGCAAAAUAUUUUGUAAAUACACUUUUUUACUUUUCAAACAACUGAGUAAAAUAAUGUGCAAUGAAUUUUAUACAAAUAAUUUUCAAGUUGUUUGGUAUAUUUCCUCUAGGUUUUGCUUGACUCAAAUGUAGAUUUAUUAUUUUGAUCAAACUGUGCAAAUAGUACCAUGUGUAGCAUUUUUGAAAUAUUAUUUUCUAAAAGCCGCUGUCUUGCUUUAGCUAUUAAUGGGGCAUUGUGAGGAACUGUGCAAAGACAUUUUUGUUACAAACCUGUGGGCCUGUUGCAAUACUUUAAAAUAAAAAUUUUAUUCCAUUUUUGCUUGUUUUGUAUAGACAUUUCUAUUGCUUCUAAAUAUGCUUAAAGUAUUUUCUUUCCUUAUGUACUGUACAGUUAAUCUUAUUUGCCAUCCCUUGAACACAAAAUGUGUAUCUAGGAUAUUUGUAUAACUGUAUAAAAUGAAAAAGGAAUUAUGUGGUCAGUGCAUUGUUUUUUAAACUGGAAAUCAUUUUGUUUUAAGAGUUAAUAAUGGAAACCAAAUUAAAAUUGAAUAAAAUAUUAAGUAUG